AUGGAGUUUGAGAAGAGGAAGGCGACGGCGCUGGUCGCCAUGACCGCGCCGCAGCCCGACAAGUCUCCCAAGGGCACGCUGGACUUCCCUAUCGUCUCUCUCCUCGAUGCCAUCAACAGCCACCCCUGCUUCUUCACCACUUCCUCGUGCUCUGGUCGCAUCUCUAUUCUCGCCCAUCCUCCGCGGGCGCAGCCCGCCUCUGCCAACGGCACACUUUCUGUAGCCGAGGAGGAGGGGGACAAGUAUUUCGCGUCCAAAUCCCAAGAUGAUUCACAGGAGAAAAACGAGAAGAAAGAGAAUGCGGAGGAGGAGGAGAAGAAGAAGAAGAAGAAGAAGGCCGGUGGGGGGAGCUGGCUCCUCGUGUCCCAUGAUCCCGUCGAACCCGAGGCUGUCGUGGACCUCCUCUUUCGCAGUGGGGCCGCGGAUAGCCGGGGCACUGGAAGUGCCCUAGUAUUCCGAUUUGAACCCUUCAUUUUGGCUGUCGAGUGUAAAGACGCUACUUCGGCCCAGUCGCUGGUGUCGACUGCAAUUGCUUCUGGAUUCAGGGAGUCCGGUGAGUGCAUAUUUUUCUCCAUGCAGCACAACAUGGCUCUCUCUUCUCUCUCCAUUUUGGUUGUCGAAGGUACUUUUGAUAAAUUCACUUUAUCCUUGCAUUUUUUUCUCUUUUUUGGAGUGAUAACGCCUUGGAGAAGAGUAUGGAUACCUUUUCUCUUCCUACAAGUUAAUGUAUACAGGUUUUUCUCAUUUUCUUUUUGUUUCAUGGCUAAAUAGUUUGUGAUGGCUGCGAAACAAUAUGAUAUUCCCACUCGCUUUGCCCUCUUCCCACCUCUCUUUACAAGCUUUCCUCGGAGAUGACAAGAAACAAAUAUGUGCGCUUUCUUGUUCGGUGGUGUUACGGUUCUUUUGGGGCCGUUUAGAAGCCAUACAACUAGAUCCUGUGGAAGUGUUCGGGGAUUUGAGAUACUAUAAAUACCUAGGAUUAUGAAUAGAUAAGAUCUAUGAAAAUAUAUAUUCUUUUACUACAACACCCAACUUUUAACGUAGGAUCCUACGUUGAAUUUUCAGUGAGAAAUGAGUGAGGUUUGGGGCAAGUGGUUGAAACUUGAGAAAGUCUUAAAAAUCGAGGAUUGGUUGUCAAGCUCUCGACCAGCCUUUCCAAGCAUACUAUUAGCCAGUGUGAUCUCUAUUGAUAGCCAACUCUCUAAUGUGAAGAGGACUAGUGCAUCCAAGGCUACAAAAAAUUCAAUGUCCUCUAAACCUUAUUACCCGAUUUUCUUCUACUCACUGUAGCCUGAUGUUUCUGACUCUUCUCAGUGGUUCUGAAAAAAAUUAAAAAGUUUAAGAUAGGGCUCAGGAUGCGCAACUAUAAAAUUCUGGUGCGAUUCACUGAGUUGAGAUGAUACCAUCGCUUUUUGGCAAUGCUGGUGACUCUCUUGUCUUUUCCAGUGACACGUCAUCUUUGAAAGCAUCCGUUGCAAACUUGCUUUGAAAACCAGUCAGUGAUCUAGUGUUGAUCUUUGACGUAUCUAUAUAUCUUGUCUGGUUCAAAGCAAUCCUAGGGUGUCUUUCAACAGACUUAAAUUCAUUACCUUUCAUGACAUCUGCUAUUGUCUCACUCCGAUAUCAUAUGAGUGGUUAAUACAUCAUGUAUGGUAGCUAAGUUCUAUAUUUUUCCCAGAGUAGUUGGACAAUUGGAGUGGUUACGUUUCAUAGAAAGUAACUUGGUCUUUAGGCCCAAUUCAGUAAUUGUAUGCGUACGAGCUAGAGGUGGACUAACUAAAGUACCAUAAACAUAGGUCGGCUGCAGUGGCCUUGUUGUGCUUCGACCAGAUACACAGUUAGGCAGGCAAUGAACUGUAACAUUUUCUAGGCUAGACUAUGACUAGGAGUUCUUCGUGGAUAAGUUUCGCCAUGAAUUCGGCUUUUUGGUCACAGUCCUGUGGAUUCUUUAUAGUUUCUAAGUCAUGUUACUUCUGAUUCAAGGUUUUCUGGUGUUUACUUUGACCUUACCAAGGAAUUCCCCCCAUUUUUAUAUUGUUCAUUUCUCUGCAUGUCAUAGACUGAAUUCUGGUGCUCAAAUUUACUAUUGUGGCUGCAGGCAUAACAAACUUACACAGGCGCAUUAUGGUUGCAAUACGAUCCUCUAUAAGGCUCGAGGUGCCAUUGGGAUGUAUUGGUGAGAUUAUGGUGUCGCCAGAAUAUGUUCUACAUCUUGUUGAGAUUGCAAACGAGAAAAUGAAAGAAAACAGAAAGAGAACUGAUGCUUUCCACCAAGCAUUCAAAUGUGAGGUAUGUUGAAGUUUGCCAUUAUAACUCAUACCUUUUCGACUGUACAUGUAUAUUUAAUUUGUAAGCUUUCACAUUCUUAGGUAGACAUGGACUGUGAAUUACGAAUAUGGACCUAGAUGAUUUAGGUGGUGCUCUACUGCUUCACGGCUAGGAGACAAGAGCAGAGCACUUAGAUGACAUCAUUUCUGAUAUAUGUGAAAAUUAAAAUAAUUAUAAACUAUUUGGAGAAUAUUGAUAUGUACAUACAUUAAACUAUUUGCAAAAAUACUGUUUUUAUUUUUUUAGUUUAUUCCAUUUAAUUAAAAAAGAGUCUGCUGGGAAAAUAUUUUGUCGCUGUAUGGUUGAGGUGAUCUUGUGUCAUAAUUUUUUAGAUGUUUUUAACUAGAGCAUGUUUGAGACGUCCAAAACAUAAGCUUUUGAUGGACUUAAAAUACCUAGUUCUACUAUCUGCGGUAAUUAUUAUUAGUAGUAAUUCGUCCGAAGUACUUAUUAGUAGUUAUUUGUAUCAUACUUGAUAUCCUCUGUUUGAAUGAUUGGAUUAUUUGCUGAUGUGAAAUUUAUGCAGAGUGCCUCAUCUGCUGUUAUUAGUGCUGAUAAAAACAAGAGAGGGAAUGUUGAUAAAGUUAACAAGAGUAUUUUAUCAAAACCUCAAGUUAACCAAAUUGAACAACAGGAGAAUGAUGUUGAAAGCUGCUCUGAUCUACAGGAGUUUGUGUCAAAUGAUAAAAGUCUUAAUGCUUCUUUGGGAAGUUCAUCUACGAACUCAGGACUUUCAAAUGAACCAGAAGCUGUGGACCAUAGUGAUGACAAGGGUGAGACAAGUGUUCAACCACGCAUAUAUAUUCCAUUAGCAUUGCUCUUGUUUCUUGCUUUAAAUGAUUUUGUUACAUGAGUUAUGUAACACAGGGGAUGACAAAGUUGAGUUAUGUGCAAGGGAAAAAAAUGCUUGAUUUUUGGUUUUGCCCGAAAUUUAGUAUUCCACUAUGCUGUUUUCGAUUCCCUUUAUUUUUAAUGUUAUGCUGACUUAGGUGUUGUUGUUAGAUGCUGAGACAUGGUGACAAAUCGCAAUCAAUCAUCUUAAAACUAAAGUUUUGAAUAACGGUUAACCAUUCUAUCAUGGAAAGGCAAAUUAUACAUGGUUUCUAUCUGAUAUAACUUCCAGCAGUAAUAAAUUAGGAGAGGUUGAUGCUUUGUAACAGAAGUGACUUUUGAUGUAACCGUUCAUUAGACCAAGAGAAAGGCUAUGAUUGUCAAGAGAAACUGAGUGGGAUGGGAUAUUCAAUAAGAAAUUGUCACCCCUAAUUUAACCCAAAACAGUGAGAGAAUAGAAGGUUUCACGGUCCAAACAUCCAGAGCACCGGCCACUUUUAUCUCUGAACUAGUGUAGUGCACGAUCUUUUGGAAUGCUUGAGACUUUUUUUUUUCCUUGUGGGUCCUUAUUUGUGUUGUUGGGCGAUUUGAAUUCCUGACUUCGUAGAAGAAAAGGCCAAUUCUAAACUUCAUCAGCAAAUUCGGUUCAUUGGCAUUACUUACCUGAUUUUCAUGGGGAGUCUGAUGCUUCCUUUGAAGGUGAAAAAAAAAAGAAAUCUGACCAUGUUGGAGAAUCCCACUGGGGUCUUCUAGUUCUCACAAGAUUGGGUAUUUUACUGCUUUUGGAGGGGAAAAAAAUUCCAGUAUAUUGUUCACUAAGGAGGGUGCAGGGAGAAAGGUAACAGGAAAGCGAAAUAGGUUUGAUGCGAGAAAAAAAAUGGUGGCCUCUUGCCUUUCUUUACAUUCUUUCCAUUUUCCCUUUCUUUCUUUACUUCUCUUUUCUCCUCUUUUUUUCUUCCGAAACUUCUUUAAACUACUUUGAGAGUUGUUGGAUCUGAUGAAGUACCAGUUGUGGAUUGUGGUCUGCAGUUGCAACAUGAAUCACCUUUUCAGAUUGUCUUCUUCCAACAUAUUUUCUUUUAGAUUCAUGGUUUUUCUUACUUUAUUCAUCUUUUCAUACUCAUUUUAUUCUUUUAUAGAUUUCAUUGUUCAUCAAGUUUGCCUUGAAUUCAGUGUGAUGCCUUAAGGUCCCUUCUGAAGGUUUGCUCAGUGGGAUGCCUUAAGGUCCCACUAAUGCAGUUUCAAUAAAGCCCCCCUUAGAGGUGUUCGGUUAACAUGUCUGAUGGUUUAAGGCUCAUGUGGAUGCGAGUCACUGAAAACAUCCAUCCGUAGAACCUGCAAACAUCUCCUGCAAAUGCUUAUAAGAGGCAUAAAAAAAUGAAAAAAAAAAAGUCGGAACUCAGACUAGUAGGCUUAAAAAAUCAAUCCCAAUCCAAAUUAAUAGUCAAAUGUAGUAAGCAAGACCGUGCUAGUCUUUAUUUGCAUGGAGGAUGGUUUGAAUGCUGUGUAUGUAUCCGGUUGAUUCAUUUUUCUUUCCUCUGUUCUCAGUUAAUUUAUUACCAACUCAAAUUUUUUUGGCAGGAGAUGAUAUCCUACACUGAUAUAAAUUUCUUUUCAUUAUCAUGGAUGUGGUUCUGGUUUUUACAUUUGAUUCAGAAGUUUGUAUCCACUUUUCUUUGGCUAUGAAGGAUAAAUUCGUUAUGGGUGCUCAUUCAGCUGAUUAUUGUUGGGGAGGAAUCUUUGAAGGUUGCUUUAUACUUUAUCUUUAAUUCAGACUCUAUUCUACAACCUCGUUUAACACUGAUAUUUGAAUUGUCAACUCUGUUUACUUAAUCAUAAUGAUACAACUGUCAGCAGGGUUUUCUAGAGAGCCCGAGCUUUCUGUUUCAGUUAAGGUGAUGACGAUCACUGGCGAACCAAUUGAGAAGCUCUUUCUCUGGGGUCAUUCAGCAUGUACUUUGAAUGAGAAUGGCGAGGGUCAAAUUCUUGUUUUUGGUGGGUUUGGAGGCCUAGGACGACAUGCGAGAAGAAAUGAUACUUUGAUGCUCGAUCCUCAUUCCGGUUUAUUAAGAUCAGUUAGUGCACAAGGGCCUCCGUCUCCUCGUUUAGGUCAUACAUCUUCAACAGUUGGGAAACAUGUUUUUGUGAUUGGAGGGAGAGGGGAUCCUUUGCAGAUACUUAAUGACGUUUGGGCCCUGGACACGAUUGAAAACAAAUGGAUGUUAAUGGCAUGCAGUGGCAGUGUCUUUCCUGGAAGGUGAUAUGUUCAACAGCCAUUGAUUAGACCUUGAAAUACGCCCGUCCGCUUCUAAUAAGUUUUAGUGUCAAGGAAAUCCAGCUCUCAGACUAUUUUCAUGCAUAAAUAGAUCUCAGAACUGAGCUUGGUCUAAAUUUAUGAAUGUCUGUUAAGGUGUUUUUGAUAUUUCAGGAAUUAUUGAACUACACUUUCAUUGGAGGAUUUAAUGGCAUAUCAUCAGAUAAUUCAUACUGCAUAAUUGUUUUUCUUGCUUUUAUUAAUGUAUUAUCCUAUCCUAUCCGUGCACCUUUAUCAGUUACCUACACCUUGGCAUGUUAAUGUCUAUGGAAUAUUCUUCAAUGCAUUAAUUCUCACAGAAUACUCACUCGUUCAAGGGCAAAAAAUUUCUGUUGAAAUCAAUUUGUCCUGAAGAAAUUUUUGAGUAUCACAUUGCACUUUGUCCUUAUUUUUUCUUUUUACAAGUUAUAUACCGCAUAUUUUGCAGGCAUCGGCAUGCAGCAGCAGUUUUAGGCUCUCAUAUAUAUGUUUUUGGUGGGCUUAGUGAUGAGACGAUUUAUUCCUCCAUGUAUGUUCUUGACUCUGAAACUAUGAAGUGGAGUGAGAUUGAGAUCCAAGGAGAACGGCCAUGUGCUCGACACUCCCAUGCUAUGGUGGCUAAUGAUGCUAAGCUGUUUAUGUUCGGAGGUUAUGAUGGUCAGAAGGCAUUAGGUGAUUUCUAUAUUUUUAAUGUAAUAGAAUCUUGUUGGAAGAAUCUGAAGACAUCUGGAAAAGCUCCGUCUCCAAGGUUUUCACAUUCCAUGUUCAUGUAUGAAAAUUACAUUGGCAUUAUUGGUGGGUGUCCUGUCAGACAAUAUCAUGAGGAGGUGUCUUUGCUUCACCUGGAACAUUGUAUUUGGAGAUAUGUCAUUGUUGAUUCUGUGAGCAGAGAUCUUUGGGUUCGGAGUUCAACAAAUAUUCUUGGCGAUGACCUCAUUAUUGUAGGUGGUGGUGCAUCUUGUUAUGCAUUUGGCGCAAAGUUUAAUCAGCCAAUGAAAAUAAAUCUCCGUUCAUUACUUUCUCAUGGUAAGCCUGACUAUGAAUCUAUUUCUAAACGCAAUGAAUAUUCAAAUGGCAAUUUCAAGUCUUUUGCUAGUUUUUGGAAUUCUCUGUUGAUACCAAAUGAGAGAAAGUCCCAAGUCAGUGAGCGUGCUGAGACCACUUUUGACAUCUACAAUGUAAGUCACGCACUUGGUGAACAAGUGCUAACAGACCAACAAAAUAUGCAGUUUGAAUCUGCAGUUCUGAGGCUUGAAAAAAGUUAUGCCAAACUUGCGAAAGACAUACUUAAAAAAUUCGGGUGGCUAGAUCUUAAUAGGAAGGUUGUGUCAAGCCAAGAUGGUCUCCAUAUUCUUCUACCUGUUUCUUUUGCGUUCUUCAAGAACGCAGCUGAAGUAUCAGAGAGACUUGAUUGUUCAGGUGGUCGUCAUCCGCUCGAAUCAAUCAUGUUAAGAGGUUUUCCAAUUAAUGAGAUGUCUGCUUCAAAAGCUUUGCACAUUCUUUUGGCCUGUGGAGCAUUGAUACUUAAUGAUGAUAAUGCAUGCAGCAAGAAAACCCAUAAAUGUCCUCAAAAGACUCUGAGGGAUGCGGUUUGUUCUCUUGUGAACAUUAAAGGACUGCUGCCAGCGCUGAUGGUCCAGGUGCCAACAAGGUUUGUACAUAUGUAGGAAUGAAAACCUUCUUCUUAGAAACCUGUGUGAACAGAACCUUCCUGUUUUGUGCGUUUCUACUUGUCUGUUGUCUGCAUGCGUUCUUACCCUUCUGGAUUUUAGGUGGGAAUGUCUUGGAGACAUGGUUGUUCUUCCAGUGACGUCUUUCAAGGAUCCAGCAUGGGACUUAAUUGGAGAGGAUCUUUGGCCAAUUGUUGCUAAGUCGCUUGGUGCCCGUAGACUUGCACGCCAGGUAUGCAAUAUUCACUAAAUAAUUUCUUAUUCUUUUUGAUAUUUUUUUCUCUGUGUAACUUUCAUUCUAGAAUAAAAUAGAAUAGAUAUUUGUCUCGAUUUGUUCAUAUAUUUAACUGGAAGGGGAGACCCUUUCAUUGAAAGUAGAAUUUAAGAAAUAACAGCACGUGAUGACAUUUUCAAAUAGAAUGAAUAGUGAUAUUCGUUUUUUUAAUUAACAAUGUGAUCAGGACACCUAAAUAUACUACGGAGCAAGUUUUGGAGUAUUAAUAACUAUAUUGAAGGAACAAAAGAGCAUUUUCAAAGUUCGAGAGUUUUGCAAAAGUAUAUAUUUGAAAACUAGUUACUUGUGUGAUGUGACAAUUGAAAGAGUUGUCGAAGGUGAAUGACAUGUUGACGAUCAAUAAAGGGUAAGAUAUUGUGAACUUUUGGACUAGCCAACGGAUCAUGCUGGAUGGUCAUAGUUUUUUAAACAUAGUUAAUGACACAGUCCCAUCAGCGUUGUACUUGAAAUUGCAUACCCACUUAGCGCCUACCAACUUCUUUCCUGCCUGAGGGACAAUGAGCCAUCAAGUAACAUUUGUUUCAUAUCUCUUCGUUCUUUGUUGCCACCCAAUGCGAUAAUUAACAGGAUGGUUAAAAGAUGUAUUGAUAGAAGCAGUUAGUAGAUUGGUUAAAAAGGGUUGUAAGUAGGUGAGACUUGUCAGUGCGAUAUACUCUCACAGGUAACCUUGAGGACAGCAAUUGGAAAAUGAAGGUCAGAGUUGGUUGGGCUUGGUUAGUAUGUGCUAUGUUGUCUUAAUGAUUCAUAAUUCUCAUGUGUAAUAAGAGCAUUGUUCCCAAAACUCAGUCUUUGCAGUAAUGGGAAUUGGCUUAGGCUACAGCCUUGGAAGGUAUGGCAUGAGAACACUUUAAUUAACGCUUGUUCUUGUUUCCAUUGUCACAACAUCCACUUGAGGGGUAUAGGAACUAAGUGACUCUUGAAAAAUGCUUGAGCCUCUGACAAAAUAACAAGGCGGCUCUUGUAGUACUCACAAGCAUUUUCAAAAUGGAAGACCCUGAUUUUUUUUCUUCUCAAAUCUUCUUUGAAUCAUUUGACAAAAAAUGAAUUAUUUGACGAACUUCAUCCUUUAAUUUUAGUCAAUGUUUUGAAUAUAAUGUUAAGAAACCAUCAAUAACUCUGAUGAAUUGUCAAGAACUCUGGAAAAUAGGGAUUCUACAAAGUCUCACACAUCAAACUGGGUGGAAGAUGAGCAAGAACUGGGGUGCUGUGUCAAAAAGUGGUAUAUUUCUUAGACAGAGAGAGCUACUCCCCUCGUAAUCAACUGCUUGGGCGCGGGCGCUGAAACCAGAGUGGGGUCAUGGGUUCCUACGCCUUCCCGGGAUUGGAGAAGACUUCCGGGAACUGUUCUGGGUAAAUCUGGGCCAAGCAUGAAUUGAUACCAGACAAAAAUAGAUUGGGCAGUUUUUCAGUCACAGGAUCCAUGUGUUGUGUUCUGGGCCUGAUCGGUUUCAGUGGGGAUUGGGUUUAAAUCGAGAGAUAGUCCAGCAGCUGGAUUCAAUUCAAAAGAAAUAAAAGGAGGUGAAAAGUGGUUGUGCCUUGGAUGUAUCCUUCAUCAUCUAUGAUUAUUCUCACACCUUGUUGAAGACAAGUCAUCUGAGAUGCCUUGAUAUUAUAGAUGAAAUAGGCAUCCUACUUCAUGGCCAUUCCUUAUUACCUGCUUUAGGAUUUAAGUAUUUGAAAACACAGUCAUUAAGAAAUAAGAUUAUUGAACAGUUUUGGUGUUUAGUCAGAGAAUUGAAUGAAAGAAGUGGAAUGUGAGAGGACAUGAAGCCUUUUUUCUUGGGUUGAUUGUCUCUCCUUGUCCUCUAUUUGAAGUGCCGAUAAGGAGUGGUUAGUAGUUUUUAGUACUGCCUAUACUAGAGAGUUAAUAGAGUCUUCAAUUAUGACUAGAGAGUUUAUUGUGUACUUCCAAGCUGAAUUUUUAGUGCCUUCGAUCUCCUAUACAUGAAUAAGAGAUUGUGUAUUGUCAUAGUCUAUAUGAAAAGGCUUCCAAGGUAGUUUCAGGUCCCCACUCCUUUGACUCAUAACCUUGUUGAUGGGAAUGAAUAAGAAAAAGUUUUGGUACAGUGAGAACCCUGUUGAAGCGGGCGUAAAGUGCCAGCCAGAACUAAGAGAGUGUGAUUUGCUGGAAGGUGCCAUGAGAUCUUGGACUGGAGGCAUUCUUGGCUUGGCGUUGUCUAAUUCUUGGGGUUGCUCCCAUGAGAUCAGUUGUUUGUGCUUUUGCAUUGUUCAGAACUGGAUGUUUCUGUUGGAAACGCUCGGCCAUAAGAAAAUUCUGUAAAAGACUAAGGGUGUUUUGCAAAAAUUGUGUAGGGUUCCUCCAUAUAUAAUGGGGGUUAGAGGUGAAUGAAUCUUGGGGCGGUUUCUCCCGUUUUCUCCUCUGUCCUGCAUGACAGAGGUUGUUCUCCAUCUCCAACAGUUUCCAACUAUUAAUCUUCUACUCAAGUAGAUAUUACGAAGCUACCUCUGGGAGGUUUGACUUUAGCCUUACAACUCUGCCGUUAUAGUUUGAACUGUGCCUGUGCACCCCAAUGGAUAUUGUGUCCGCAAGGUCCAUUAUUGCCAUUGUCUUCAAGUAGCUAUUGCCUUUGGUGAAGACCAUCUAAUCAUACUCUUAUUAAAGUAGCCAUCUUUCCUGCGGGCUAUUCCCUUUCUCACACGAGUUUAUUACCUUUAUUGAAGUGGUUGUGCAGGUUAUUAAGCUUAUAAUGUUUUAAUUAUGUAAUUUUCCAUUCAAUUGUUCGUACUGGGGUUUCAAGCCUCUGACAUUUUUAUUUAUUACUAGGGACGGGUUUUGGCCACCGGGACAAGAGACAGCACUCUGGAGAUUCUUGUGGGAGAGGAUGGAUUAGUUGAACACCAAGAGAAUGGUAUCACAUAUUCCUUUGAUGCUACAGAAUGCAUGUUCUCCUUUGGAAACCUUUCAGAGAAGCUCCGAAUGGCCCGGCUGGACUGUCAAGAUGAAGUCGUGGUGGACUUAUUUGCUGGGAUUGGAUACUUUGUGCUUCCCUUUCUCGUCAGGUAAGCAACAUCCUUUCUUUUCCUUUCCUACAUGCACGAUGCUGUAAUCUUGUUUUCCUUUCUGCUUAUUUCUGAAUAAGAAAAUGAGCAGAAAUAAAUUGUGUUCUGGCUCAGAAAGCUGCGAGUGUUCUAUAUUUAGCUUGCAAAGCAAAAGGUGGUACCCGCAUAGUUCUUUAUUUUUUAUUGUUGUGGUAA